AUGCUAGACUUUGUCCUCCACCCGUCUUCUCCUGACACGAGUGGCAUACCUGUCGAAGAUGAGAGGCUGCAGAAGGUGACGGAGUGGGUGUCCAAGCAGGAAGAUCCCAUUGACGGCGAACUGCUGCCAGAUGCAUCCCAGACCGCAAAGGAGCUUCUGACGAAGGGCCUGUUUAAGGACAAGUUCACCGCGGCUCUCCUUAACGGGAUUGAACCCGAAGAUGGUGGGGGCGUGGGCACUCCGUUCGAGAGCGAGAGCAACGGCGACUGCUUGUUGAAUUCGGUGGCGGCAUUCUUUGCCAAGGAGGGAGGUCGAGGAGUCAGAAGUGCUGUCAAGACAAUGGCGGUGAAGCUUCGACUCAGCGUCGUGCUGUACGGGCUGAAGUACAUGGAGAUAUUUCUGCUGGAGCAGGACGACCAUUUUGGGGCAUGGUACAACUACACGUCGGAUGUGCGGGAAAGGCUGGAGAAGAACGGGUGGCAUGUGGUGCCCGACGUCGACAACAACUGGCACGUCGGGUCGUCAAACUGCGCGUGGCUGAUGUUCCUUGCGCAGCUGCGGAGCAUAGCAAAGCCUGGGGCAUGGCUCCAUCAGUUUGUCUUUCCGAUACUCGCCACAGUCGUCCAAUCUCCUCUGCGAUUGUUUCUGCCAUUGAACACCCUCAACAAUGCUCAGGGAGGGCCUUGGAAGCACACGCUUUUUCUGCCGGCGUGGGAAACGGGGCGCCGCCCCACGCUCCACGUGGCCAUGACCAUGGGUUACAGCUCCAGUUAUCUCCCGCCCUUCGACAAUGCGACUGGAUACCUAGAGUACGUGGAAAACCAGCUUCCCGAGCUAAACCACUUCGUUACCGUGUCUGGUGAUACCGCCAUCGUCGCGAAGGACCUCGCUCUAACGAAAUUCAGGACGUUGAAGAGUAAAGCCAAGGAGGCGGUCACGGCCUCAAAGCGGCAGGUACACGACGCUAUGCUUGGCCCAAAACUGAACGAAUUGACGGCGGACGAGGAGGAGGACGUCCACCGCAGGCUGACGGACGCCCAUACAAGGGCAGAAUCCCACUUCGAGAGAAUGAGGCGAGAGAAGAAGCACAGCGGAAAGCGGCCGCCGCUGCCGAGGAGGCCAGCUUCCGCGACGAGCAACAAAAAAACGGGAGCACCAGUAACGUGGACGGAGGCGAGGACGGCGCGAGCAAGGAAACGAAGCCCGCGAACGAACAAGAGUCGGAAGGAUGCCAAGGCGGGUGUCGAUUCCGCGAACGGGCAGAAGGAAGAGGGAAAGCAGGGUAAGGGAAGGGGAGGGAAGAAAAAGGGUGGGGACGGAGGAAAGAGUGGAAGCAAAGAGGAUGAGAAGGCGCGCGUCGAUCCCGCGAACGGGCGGGAGGCGGAGGGAAAGCAGGGCAAGGGAAGGGGAGGGAAGAAAAAGGGUGGGGACGGAGGAAAGAGUGGUGGCAAAGGGGAUGCCACGGCGGGUGUCAAUUCCGCGAACGGGCAGGAGGCGGAGGGAAAGCAGGGCAACGGGUUUGACGGCAGCACCGCCCCCAAGGGGUGCUUGGACAUCGUACUCGGCACUCGCCUUCACAAUGGUCGUUGGAAUGUGAAGCAGCCAGGGUACGGAACUGUGAUGAAGGUUAACAUGGGUGUCGACCAAAACGAAGUUGAGUCGUACGACGUGCUAAUGGACGACGCCGAGAGCAUCGUUACGAUGGUGGCGCGGUACGUGGAGGUAGACGUCAAGUAUGCCCGAACGCAUGUUGCAUCGGGGAAAGGGUCACCUGCAGGAGAGAGAGGGAGAUCCGACAAUGAAUUGGUCUCACCUGAGAACAGUUCGAAGGAGGAGGAAGAUACCCAGAUACCCGUGGCAACAAACAAUGGCGGUACGUGUACAGGAGAGGGUGUCGACAGGGGUGGCCUUCAGGAUGGUGGAGACAAGAGUAGAAAAAAUGAACAAGACGACAAGCUAUGCGGGACAAGGGGGAUGGUAUCCGUGAAGAAAGAAGGGGGUCAGAGUCGCAAAAACGGAGAUAAAGGCAAAAAUAAGGGAAAUAGUGAUGAGGAAAGCGACAGCAGCAUAGAUGUCGAGAUGGGAUCGGACAAGAAGGGUGGGCAGCGAUCCAAGGCCGGAGUCGGAGGGCGAUACAAGGACACGGGUGAUGAUGAGGAAAGCGACAGCAGUACAGACGCGGAGAUUCAAUCGGAUAAUAAGGGUAGGCAGGGUUCUAAAGCCGGAGCCGGAGGGCGAUCCAGGGGAAAGAGUGAUGAUGAGGGAAGCGGCAGCGGUUCAGAUGGGGGCAAUGACUCCGGGAGCGAGUACAGCGAAGGAAGUGGGGAUGGUUCGGACAGUGACAACAGUGACGCCUCGCAGGAGAUGAGAGAAAGGGGGCAAAAACAACGGAAGCGCAACAGACGGCGAUGAAAGGUAGGCGGGAAGAAGUCUUAAGCAGGGCUGGGGUAGACGGCCUGUGUUGGAAUUAAUAAGUCGUUGGAGCAAUUGUCACCAUCGACAGUCCGUUUACCCCCUCCCUGUCUUUGUCGCCGUGGUUUAGGACGCGAGGAAGGGAGGCGGCGCGAAUCGAGUGGGCCGGGGGGAAGCGGGAAGAAUUGCCAAAGUGGGCCGUUCCUUUGACGUCCUCGGUUCUCCUCAAGAGACUUGGGAUGCUGUGUUCCACACACUACUCGAAGACCUCGGGGCUGAGGGGCACCAAACUCUCCGUAUUAACCGAAAAAGAAAGGUCAGAGCUCUGUGCGCCCUUGCGCAUUGGUAUUUCUGGUCUCCCUUCGUGCCCAACAUAGAUGUAUCCGCACGAUAACCUCGCACCGGCCCGUAACCAAUCAAGGGCGCUCGUUUUUUUUGUCUCUUGAUGCAGACGGCCGACAAAUCGCGACACAAUCUCUGUGAAGUUAUUUGUGCGCAUUCGGGAAGCGUACGCAAGAAAGAUCCGACAAAACAAGAGGUCAACCCCAGGAAGAGAACGUCGAAGAAGGUGUACAACGAAAUGCAGAAGGUAAAUGACGCGGUGCUGUCGUCGUCAGGCCACGGCGUAGGGUGGGACGGCCAUGACGAAGGCAGCGACGAGAACUACUGGGGACCGACAUGCGAUGAAGCGGUGGAUGGCAUACAUCCUGCUGAACCGGGGCGCGCCGCGCAGGAUAGAAGCGCUUCCGACAAGCGUCGAGUCUACGCCCAUCUGAUGGCGAAGAGCAAGGAGCUUGUAGGAGAUAUAAUGAGGUCCGUGCCCCUGCAUCAAGCGCUGUCCGUCCAGGACAAAGUUGGGGACUUUCUCCGUUAUCUUCUCAACUCGUCCGCGGGAGGCACAGGCGUCCAAAAUCCUGGAGAGGCGCCCAAGAAGGGGAGGCCGAAAAAGGACGGUAGAAGGCAACCUCUUCAGCAUCGAUCGGGGGCCAAAGAGGAACCCGGAAACCCGGAGGGGCAGCAAGGAAAGUCUCGUCAGACCAAGAGGAUAAGGGAUUUCAACAACGGGCGCCGGUCGACGAAGAGGAGUAAACACGCGGAGCAGAACGGCACUGGAAUUUGAUCCACACGAUUUCCACGGUAUUCCCCGCGUGUCCUUUUCAGAGAGUUGGGGGGUAUAUUAGAAUGUCCGUGUUCCGGGGGGCAACGAAAUCGGCGUAACGAAAGAGGGUUCCUGGAAUAUACGAGACACCAAAAAUCGGGGACAGCAGGGAGCCACGCCUUGGCUGCGGCUGGCUACAAUCCGUCAUGAACUACUUGUUUCGUGUGGCGAGACACAACCGAACGCUCAUGACCGCAACUGGAGGUUCCAACGGGUUUAACCUGUGGGCGACAACCUUCCUGCUUGCGCUCCGUCUACUUUUGCAUCGCUACUUGCAGCGCGGCGAUGAUGGACGUAUUUUCGUACUUGAUGUAGUC